AUGUCGACGGCGCGAAACGUCGUAGCGGACUUCGUCCCUUGAACCUGUGUAGCUCUGAGACAUCCCUUAAAAAUGGGAGGUCGGUCAAUGCGCAAGCUCUCACCCAGGUUCAUUCAAUUUAUCGGCCUUAGCCAGGCGGUGUUCUGGUCCGCACCGUCCCCUCCACAAAAGAAUCAGGGAUUGAAAUUUCCGGAUGCCGUGUGUCCUUGCAUACUACUUCAAGAGUGUCCAAAGAUAUUUGGUUCCGUGCCAGAAGACAAAGAUCUUGGUUCGUUUCCGUCGUGCCAAGUGGAUGGAUACGUUAGAUGCUGCGGCCUGUCUUCACGUAGGGAUGCUAGGGCAUUAAAUGAAAAUCAUGGAAAAGAAAAUCUGGUGACGUCGUCUACUACCUACAGAGAAAAGUAUCAGCUUCCACCUGGCAUAGUAGUUCCAGUACCAUUUGUAUAUCCGGAAUAUAUUGAUUCACGUAAAACAGUGAAGGUUUCAAAGGCGGAAGUGGCUGCACCAUUGAUAUCACGACCACCGUUAACACCCUUGGCACUGUUGCGACCACUGGAACCAUUAACACCAUUGGCACCGCCACCGAAACUUCCUCCUAUAUCAGCCAGUGUUACUAGACCGGAAAUAACAAACGGCAAAAAGAAAUUGUUGGCGGAAAUAACAAGUCCGCCGGUGCAGAAGUUGCCGGUUGGCAUUCACGUACCACCGGUAGGAUUCAUGUAUCCGGAAUACUUGGAGGAAAUAAAGCGAAAGGAGGCAAAGGAUCGUGAGGAAGAAAUCAACAGGAAGAAAGCAACUCUUCAGAAUCACUCUGGAAAUUUUGAACUACAUGCUUUCCCAUUAUCCAUGACGAAUUCGCAGGGAAAUUUCAAUACACCGGGUGUCAAUAAUAUUCGGGAGUCUUCUGUAAGUUUCCAGGAUCAAUCUCAGAAAGAGACGCCUGAUUCUUUCUCGGCAACUGUUCAUAAAUCUGAGAAGUCGUCGACAAAUCAAAAUAUAAAUGGCAAUCAGGCAUCUAGAACAAAUACACAAGAUCACUCUAAAAAUAAGACUGAAAAAACUUUUCCAAUUGUAUCUGCCAGUUUUGAAAUCCAUUCAAAAAAUGAGCCUACUGAUGCUUCUCAAAGAUUCAGUGCUAAGAAUACAGAUAUGACCGGUGGCUCCCGGAAACCAAAUGUCACUUUUGAAAACGAAGACUUUGGUGUGGCUUCUUUGGACACUGUGAGGGAGAUUAUAGCGUCGGAAAAUGCCUUGACAAAACCGGACAGGAUACCGGAAAUAGCACCGUUCAGUCCAAGAAGAUUUCCGUCGGGAGUAACUGCGCCGCCAUUAAAUUUCAUGUACCCGGAGUACGUGGAUUUGAGAAAGACUAAGCAAGGGAAUGAAAAUUUACGUAACUUCGAAAAUACUCGAAUUCCUGUCGAACAAGACGAACCUGAGCAUAUUGAAAUUCCAGAAGAAGAAAUAACGCCUCCGCCAUUUGAAUUUGUAAAAUCUAAAUAUGAAAAAUCUAAAAAUGUCGACGCCCCUGUCAAAAGUGUAGAACGACUUAGAACGCUGCCGGUGGACAUUAGAAAGCCACUUCUAUUCCAAAAGCAAAGUCGUUUCGAUACAUUCGAAAAUUCUCAACCAGACAAGAAGGUGACCAUAGAAACAACACCGACUGAAAAUAAAACUUCAAUAUUCUCAACCUUGAUUUUAAACACGCUGCAUAAUUUACACAGUUCGAUGUCUCAAUUGACUUCUGGCAUUUCCAUGAAUUCCGCAACAGUCACUACCACCACGACGAAUAUUCCACCCACAAUCACAAGGUCGCAGACGCCGAUAACGAGUAGCAUUGAAAUUCAAAAUAUUAGGCCGCCUCAAGCGAUUCCUAACAAUCAUGGACAAUCAGAAGUCAGAACUUUUUCUCCAUUGAUCGUUCCUAAGAUUCCAGUAAGACUACGAACAGAGCAACACGAAAUCUCGACAAUGACUGCGAAAUUCCCCAUGUUGGCACAGAACUUAAGUGAGACUCCUCAAGAGAAAGGAACAAAAAGUGUCGUCGUUCAAGCGACAGAUGUGGCAUUGAUUUCGGGGAGAAUACCUCAAGUAAAUCGAACCGCAGACAUUCGUCUGAACGCUCCGAUGACCCGGCCCAAGGUGAAAUUACCCCAUCGACAGGGACAAAGUUUAGUAAGGAAUCGUGGAAACGUGAAACACGCUACGUCAACUAUUGCAGAAGAUUACCCAAAUGCGAGAGUGAUUUCGCAACGUCAAAGAGUCAACGCAGAUCAUGUCCCAGAACCUCAGGGAGAUUUUCAACCACGUUUGAGAUUGCCAGCGAGAAGUUUCGAGAUACUGAACGCCAGUCAGCCGGAAAUAUCAAAUGAAAAGUUCUCGGCGUUCAAUGGUGAGAACAUUCCUGAAGGACUUCAAAGACCGAUACCAUCUUUGAAAAUGCCUUCUCAAGACGAUAUACAGGCACCACAAGUGUCCAAUAAGCAUACUAUACAGCAUUCAGGUGAUGGAAGUACAAGUGAAUCUCAGAGAGAUCAGGAUUUAGGAAGUAAGUUUCACACGGAUAAUAAUAAUCACGAGAGAGCAAGUAUAUUCAGAGUUACCAUGACGAUUGGACACCCUCGUGAGAUUCUUGAUCGAUUACCAGUUGUACCAACUGUACCAGCUCCCGUAGAAAUCGUUCCGUCUACAGCUGAGAUCAUAUCAAGUUCAGUUGCUACUGUUGCAACAACAACUAGUGCAACUCCAUUAGCUCCUGUAGAAGUGACAAGUGCUAGAACUUCCACGAGGACACGUCCUUCGAGUCCUGAGUCUAUGAGAAAUAAUCUAAUUCGUAAACGGCCUCAAUAUUUUCCCAAGAAGCACGAAUUUGUUCGUCAGGAUUCGAUAAUGCCGGCUACCACGUUUGAAACGAAGGUAGGGCACCUAGCUGGUGUUAAUAGACACGAUUUUGAAGAUCCCGAGGUGCAGGAAUCUCUGACGUUCCUAGAAGAAAACAAUGUGAACUUUGGUUCGCGCGCGUCGACUGAUCAGUCGACUAAAUUUACAUCAGAAGGGUCCGGAACGACGAGGGACUAUUUUCCGGGACAGAGACUGUCGUCAGAGACGUUCACGCAUGAUGAGAGCGUCAUUCAUCCGAACGACAGCGGUGUAACGAAGCCAGUUAAUGACAUUAAUGUGCCAGUAAUCGAUGCUCCGUUGAAUAAUAAAAUAAGAAAUCUCGAAGAGGGUCCAAGGCGUCAGUUCCGUAGGAUGAUGUUCAGGAGGCGUCUCAACGUCCGAAGGGAUUCACGUAGAGGAUUUCCUACUGAUUCCACGAAAAUCGAACCACAAUCCAGGAGGGCUUUACCAAAGGAAAAUGAUUUUCCCGCAGGCAUCCCGGAAGAAAAGAUUCAAACCAAUCAAAGACCUCGUUCUUCUGAUACUCCCACCUUGAAUGGACCCUCAUUAGAGGCGGAAGAAGUUACAUUACUUUCGACUCUAGAGAUGGGAGAUAAUUUACAGAUGGAACGAUCAUCGGGAAAGGGACCUAGUUCAGAGGAAUCAACUGUCUUACCACCUAUAUCUUCUAAUGUCGAGGAAACUCGUUCUCGUUUUCGACAUGGCCUUAGAAAUCCUUCGAUUGUUAAGGAAGAAACCACUGUAGCGAGUGUUGAAAAUAUUUCUAAUAAUCUUACCGAUAACGAUGUGAAAUACUUUGUGCGUAGAAGACCAAGGCCGGGUAGGCGAACUACCACGCCGGAAUCUUCUGUGGAAACUUCUACGGACUCCUAUGCGGUAGGAAGGAGAAUAAUACGUAGACGUCCUGGAGUAGGAAGUAAACGCAGAACACUUCAGGACGAGGAAAAUGAAAAUAUGAAUGUCUACGAAGAGAAGGCUCAAAGUGAGAAUAGUGAAUCCGUACGACAGAGAAGCUCGAGAAAGAUCAAAGCCGAGAGAAUUUCUGUUCAAAACUUGGAGGAAUCUGAAACUGGGACUUCUUUGACAGCACCGGAAACGGGAAUAUUGAAAAUCAAUAAUACCGCAGCCUCUACGGGGUCGGAUUCAAACUCAUCACCGGAUGAGAAGUUAAUCAAUAUGCAACAAGAGAAACGUGUGGAAAUGUCGAGUAACAAUAAGCUUAUGGAGGUCAAUUUACGUAAAAUCAAAGACAAGGAGGAGGCGGAAAAUUCAAGUAAUGGGAAACGCGUAGUUUAUGAAACAGCCACUAGUAUUUCGGUUGUUAGAAACGGAAGAGUUUUGACUUUGGAUGAAGUGAAACUUUUAAAUGACUUGAAGAAACAAGAAGAACUUGAAGAACGUGCAGAUAUAUCUGAUAGUACACCGUCGACUUUAAUCUCUUUUGAUUCUGUACCCUUGGUAUUUUCAAAAUUGAGUCCUGCAGAAGACCAUGGUGACUCUUCGAAAACUCAGAAUAGCGGGAACGGCGAACUCCAAAUUUCCACGCCAACAACUCCGGCUUCUGGUACAAUGGACGAUGAAAUAUUGGAAACAAUCGAUAAAGGCUCAAACGAACCAGGGCCUAUAGAAAGGGAUGCUUCUGCAUCAAAAAAGACACAUAAAUCUGAAGAGACUACAAAAGAGUUUCAUAAUAAUCUAAUAAAGAAAGAAAGUACCGAUAGUUUGGAGAUGUUAAAGCUGGCUGAAGAUACAAGCGUGGAUUCAGAUUCCGUAAAACCGGAAGAUUCUACAAAGGAUAAUCCUAAGAAGGUGAUGGAUAAAGAUGUCAAUGACAGAGCGGAGGAGAUCCGAAGCAGUUGAGAAGUUGGUAUGAUGAUAAUAAGAAUAGUCGGGCAACAGCAAUGCGAACAGCCAGACAUACGAUUCUGGACCCUCAACAGAUGCCUAUCUUCGAGUCUGAAGAUUCUCCUGGUGUUUCCCUUCAAGAGAACAACA